AGCUUGUUCUCUCCGCCUAUCGAAUCUCUAAUUUGAAGCUGAAUCAUUCUCGAUCUGGAUGUUUAUCGAAGAAGGAGGUCUCUUUUAAUUUAGGUAAAUUAAUCUAUUGGAAAGUGUUGUAGUAGCUGUAACUGUUAAAGGCUAGCAUAGAUAUGGGGAAGGUAUCUCCAAAGGACUUGGAUUCAAAAACCUCGGUGAGGAAAAAGAAGUUGAAAGGUUCAGGUAACAAAUAUUUAAAGCCAGGGGCUUUGGUUCAGCUUUGUUAUAGCAAAGCAUCGGCUGCUAAGUCAUGUAAUGAUUUGGGGAAGAAACGAGUACCUGUAUUUGAUACUAAGCAUGCAAGGAACAAGAAAAUCGCAGCCGAGCAGUUGAAUUCUCCCAAAAGCCCUCUUAUGUUGUCCCCUGUCAAUGUUGUUAAGCGGAGUACUCUGGUGAGGCCUAUGAAGUUUGAUGAUAGUAAUAAUAGUUGUAAGAAAAGCCCUUUAAUGUUAUCUCCAUUGGGUAUUGUUAUGCAAAACACUUUGGUGAGGACACCAAAAACUCCCCAAGCUGAUCCUUGCAAUUCAGAAUCUCAGCUAGAAUCUCUUCCCAUGGAUUUACUGGUUAAAAUAGUUUGUCAUUUGCACCAUGACCAGCUGAAGGCAGUCUUCCAUGUUUCUCAAAGAAUAAGAAUGGCUACCAUUCUUGCAAGACAAUAUCAUUUUAAUUAUACAACUCCAGAUCGUUCAAGACAGGAAAUGUUGAGUGUCAUGACCCCAAUGCCAAUAAAUCGUUGGCCAUUCCGUAGCAGAGGAGAUGGAAACCCAACAAUGGUGUCAAGCCCACAUACCCCAAAAGCACCAAAACAUGCUCCUCGACCACCCUUUCGAACCAAACUCGCAGAGAUGAAGCAAAUCACUGCUGUUCUUUUCCAAGACCAGGCACCGUUUCCUUCAAGAUGCAUCGUUCCUUCUGUUCUCCAAAGGCCGACUUUGUUCAAACCAAUGGCUCCAAAGCACCCUCGAGUGCUCUUCUAUGAGGAUGAAUUAUGUCAAGCUGUUGCUCAAAACAACCUUACCUGAUUACACUUGCUGCAGUCAGACUCUUCAUAUCGGUUUCCUCUCUCUCUGUUGAUAUUAGGUUUUGUCUUCAUUGCAUUAUUGAUCAUUGCUCUUGAUGAUCAUCAUUACCUAUAGUAAGAAGCAUGCAAGUUUUGUAGCAGUGCUAGUUCAGGGUU